AUGACAGACAUCACAAACAUCAUUGACUCUUCUCGUUCCUGGAUCUAUGAAGGCGUCUAUAUGAAGAUCAUUUUGAGGAGAACAAACAUGAGCCAUUUGAGCAGGUUGGUUAAUAAGGCCGGACAAGUGAACUCAAGUCAUACGACUGUCACAUAUUUCAUUAUUAAAGGUAUAUCGGAUGUGCCAGAGAUACAGGUUCCAAUCUUCCUAUUGGUAUUAGUCAUAUAUGUCAUCACUCUUGGCGGUAACUUGACCAUACUCCUAUUGAUCUGCCUGGACCAUCACCUCCAUUCUCCUAUGUACUUCUUUCUGAGCAAUCUAUCAAUAGCGGACAUCUCCUGCUCCACUGUCACCCUACAUAGAAUUCUUCUCAGCUUCCUAACGGGAGACAAAACCAUCUCUGUGACCGAGUGUAUGAUACAGACAUAUAUGUUCGGUUCGUUGGCAGGUCAUGAGUUAUUUAUAUUAACAGUCAUGAGCUAUGACCGCUAUGUAGCAGUCUGUAACCCUCUGAAGUACCACAAUGUCAUGAACCGCAGGACGUGUGGUCUUUUAGUCUCUUUUUGUUGGGUGUUGGGUUUCGUACAAACUAUUUCGCUUGUAUGUAUGCUCUCUAGUUACGUAUGCUACAUUUCCAUUGAAAUCGACCAUUUCUUCUGUGACAUCAUACCUAUGAUGAAAAUAACAUGCAGUGACACCUCUUUUUUGGAAAGGUUGUUCUUCUUUCAAGGUCUCUUCCUUCUAACCAUUAUUCCAUUUGUCCUCACCUUCCUGCCUUAUGUCUUCAUCAUUAUUGCCAUAGCAAAGAUUCAUACCAACACGGGCCGACGUAAAGCCUUCUACACCUGUUCUUCACAUCUGACGGUGGUCGUUCUUAUGUACACUACACUGGCAAGUCAAUAUCUUGCCCCGGACUCCAUCAGCAGCUUGAGCUCCAAGAAGCUUUUUUCAUUGUUUAACACAGCUAUUGUCCCUAUGCUCAAUCCAUUGAUCUACAGCCUAAAGAACAAGGAUGUCAAAGACGCCAUGAGAAGGAAGUUUGGCUUUGGCUAUCUAUCCAGAGAAUUACUAACCUUUAAAGUGAAUGUCCACCCUUAA